AUGAACGAGGCAAUUGCAAACAAGACCCAACUUCGACAGGAAUACGCCGAAGCAAUCAGAAAAGCCUCAAAUGACAAUUUCCGCGAAUUCUGCAACAAACAAGGUAAGGAAGAUGUGUGGUCAGUUACGAAUAGAUUGCUGAAGAAUUCGAUCCCAACCCAACCACCUUCCACCCUCAAAAUAGCACCAAACAAAUAUACCACUUCUUGUGAAGAAACAGCCCGUAUAUUUCUACAAAAAUUUUAUCCACAGGACACCACUGACACCUACAGCUCCCAAACAGUCACCCGACAAACCACUAAAUUUCCACCGAAUACGAAUGAUGAUCCACCAUUUACUAUUGAUGAAGUCCUCCAUAACCUCAAGGAUAUGAACCCUCGAAAAUCACCUGGACCAGAUCACCUUACUUCCGACAUAUGCUUCUGUUUCACUCAAACAUUUCCAGAACUAAUAACUAAUAUCAUGAAUAGAUGCCUAGCUUUAUCGAUAUUCCCGAAACAAUGGAAACAUGCCCAAGUAAUUAUCAUUCCUAAGCCCAACAAACUUGACUAUACUGUAACCUCAGCCUAUCGCCCCAUUGGACUGCUUAAUGUAUUUGGUAAACUUCUUGAGAAGUUGGUUAUCAAACGACUAAAUCAUUUUAUGUACACUAAUAAUAAAUGUAACAAUAAACAAUAUGGUUUCAAGGAACAAAAGUCCACAACAGAAGCACUUAGUAAUAUGAUAACAUUUGUUAGGAAUUGCAAAAUCAAGGGAGAUCAAGUUGCCGCUGUCUCCUUCGAUAUUCAGGCGGCAUUUGAUAAUGCCUGGUGGCCCGCUAUUUUGCGCAGACUCCACAUUAUUGAUUGCCCCCAGAAUAUAUAG